AUGAAAGCAUUCUUCACGCUUUUGAAACUCAAGGAUUCAGAUAAAUUCGAGUGGAAAGACGAGCAUCAAGCGGCGUUUACGCAAAUCAAAGUUUCCCACACGACACCACCUGUCCUUGUCCCACCCCGGCGCGGUAAGCCUCUCAAGCUAUAUCUCUCGGCGGCCGAAGAGUCAAUCGGCUGCCUCCUCGCGCAAGACAACGAUGCCGGACGGGAGCAAGCUAUUUUCUACCUCAGUCGAAAUCUUAAUCAGCCGGAGAUCAAUUAUUCCCCUGUCGAGAAGCUCUGUCUCGCCCUAUUUUUCGCAACCUCCAAGCUUCGGCAUUACAUGCUCCUAUCGGUCACACAAGUCAUCGCCCAGACCGACGUCAUCCGCUAUAUGCUCACCCGACCAAUCGUAAAAGGCCGAAUUGGGAAAUGGACAAUGGCGUUGUCCGAGUUCAGCUUGCAAUACGUACCCCAAAAAGCUGUCAAAGGCCAGACACUGGCUGAUUUCCUCGCUCAACAUCCUUCCCCCUAUGGUUUUGGGAGCACUGACGUCGAAAUCGGUAUGGUUGAAACGUGCGAUAACUACUGGACGAUGUACUUUGACGGCUCAAACACUUCAUCCUCGGGUGGCGUCGGAAUUGUCAUUCAAUCUCCAAACCACGAUCGUUGGUAUUUUUCGCUCAAGCUGGAUUUUGAAUGCACCAAUAAUCAGGCCGAAUACGAAGCCCUUAUCUUCGGCCUUAGCAUCCUUCAUGACUUACGGGCAACCCUUGCCCUCAUCCUCGGCAACUCCGAACUUGUGAUUAACCAACUUACUGGGUCUUUUCGAUGUAUGAGUUAUACCCUGGCACUUUACCACAUGGUCGCCAGCUAUUUGUCCAAAUCCUUCGACGCAUAUCAUCCGACGCGACAACGUGAUACGCACAAAAGUCAUGUCCUUACCUUUGUUGUUAGACCGAUAAGACCUUAUUGA